AUGAUCAUCUACGCCUGCAACCAUCGGGGUGUCAGUAACGGCUGGGGACCCUACGGUUCUUUUUCCCUAGAAGUCACACCCACAGGGAAAUACGCCCCUUGUCUUUGUAAAUCAUGCCAUUAUGUUAUCGCCGAAAAGCAGGUAGACGAGAGCCGCGAGAUCCUACGGGCGAAUCUCGAUGUGUUGGACAGGAUGCUCGAUGUGGCGCACGAGAAACGGUAUGACUCGUCUUUGGAUUCGGCUACGAUUAUGCUUGAACUGCAUCGGUUGCAUGCUUGUAGGAAUGAGGCGAAGGAGCGGCAUGCGAUGCUGAAGAAGGAGACCUGGAGAUAUUACCGGCGGAGAUGGGGUUUAGAAGGGUGGUGCCUAUAG